CCAUGGAAAAUCCACCAAGCUCUGUGUUUUAACCCCAAUGGAGAAACUUCCUCUUCUCUCUCUGUUUUUUGCUCUCUCCGUUUCGAUUGUUUGCGCUGAAGAAGAAAAUGUUUUGACCUUAAAUGCCGAACCUCCUCUGGUAGAUGGGCUUUCAUGGACGUUUUAUAAGAGCACCUGCCCCAAACUGGAAUCCAUUGUUGAGGAAAGGAUCAAAUUUUAUCUAAAGGAGGACAUUACUCAGGCCGCAGGGUUGCUGCGCCUUCACUUUCAUGACUGUUUUGUUCAGGGCUGUGAUGCUUCUGUUCUGUUGGAUGGAUCGCCCAGCGAGCGAGACUUUCCUCCAAAUUUAACGCUGCGGGGGAAAGCUUUUGAAAUAAUAAACGACAUUAAAAGGCGUGUGAACAAGGCCUGCGGUGUCGUCGUGUCCUGCGCAGAUAUCACUGCUCUCGCAGCUCGGGAUUCCGUUGCAGGGAGUGGAGGGCCAAAAUACAAAGUGCCUCUAGGGCGGAGGGACAGCUUGAAGUUUGCGAGUAAUGAGACCACAAUUGCAAACCUUCCAGCCCCAACCUCCAAUGUCACAACCCUCAUUAAGGCUCUUGCUACCAAAGGCCUUGAUGUCAGUGACCUUGUGGCUCUUUCAGGUGGGCACACCAUAGGAAUAGGACAUUGCACAUCAUUCACAGAACGACUAUACCCCACAGAAGAUAGCACUCUUGACAAGUAUUUUGCUAAAAGCUUGAAAGCCAUAUGUCCAAGAAAAAAUUCUACUAGGUUCACUGUAUUAGAUAUUCGCUCGCCUAAUGUAUUUGACAACAAGUAUUAUGUAGACCUCAAGAAUCGACAGGGCCUCUUCACGUCUGAUCAAGAUCUGUACACAGAUUCUCGCACCAAACAAAUUGUCAAUGACUUUGCCUUGAAUCAAGAUAUCUUCUUUAAGAAAUUUUCUUUGGCUAUGGUGAAAAUGAGCCAACUAAGUGUGCUAACAGGCACCAAAGGGGAGAUCAGAACCAACUGUUCCGCUCGCAAUCCAACUUAUUCCAUUAGUACUUUGGUGGAAGAAGUUAUCAUUCCAACAAUUUCAUGUGAGAUCUGAGCUUAAUCCUCACCGACUUCAAUUUUUCUCUUUUUAAAUCAGAAUGUUGUUAUAAUAUUGUAGAUAUACUAGUAACCUAGACUUGUUGACAUAAACAAUACUUUAAUAAUGUCAAGAACAACUCUAACUAGAGUAAAAUAAUCUCUCUUGUUAUUGACUUGAAAAUCAAACUUAUUCAAAAUCUGAUUUUGGGGGGCUAA